CUGUGUGCACCCUUAUCAUUCUUCUCUAGAAAAACCAAACAUGCAAAAUCUCAUAAACCCAUAUAAAACAAUGUUCUUAGUUCGUUUUCUCUCUUAUAGACCCAUUAUCCACAGAUUAAUCUUUCAAUCUCCACUAUAUUGUCCACCUUCACGUCCAUUUUCAUCAUCUCAAAUACAAAAAUCUGAUGACAUCAACCUUGUCAACUACAAAGAUUGGUUAAGCCCAAAUGAGAUCAUCAAAAUUUUCCAAAAUCUAAAAGACCCAAAUUCAGCUCUAAAUUUACUGAAUCAAAUCUCAAAACGAAAAGAUUAUAAACCCAAUGAAGCCAUUUACAGUGUAGUUGUCAAAAACCUAGCAAUGGCUAAGAAUUUUGAUGCAAUUGAGACACUUAUGGAAAAGAUCAAAUUUGAAAGAAAGUGUAGACUUUCUGAUGAGUUUUUCUAUAAUGUUAUUAAGAUUUAUGGGCAUUUAGCUGGUAGAAUUAAUAGAGCAAUUGAGACCCUUUUUGAUAUGCCUAAUUAUAAGUGCUGGCCAAGUGUGAGAACUUUCAACUUUGUUCUGAAUUUGUUAGUGAAUACUAAACAAUUUGAUGUUGUUCAUAAGGUGUAUAUUCGUGCUUCUGAGUUGGGGGUUGAGAUUGAUGCUUGUUGUUUGAAUAUCAUCAUUAAAGGGUUGUGUCGUUGUGGGGAGCUUGAUGCUGCAUUCAAGGUGUUCGAUGAAUUUCCUAAACAAAAAUGUCAACCCAGUGUGAGGACUUUUUCUACUAUAAUGCACGCUUUAUGCGAGCGUGGUCGCAUUGAUGAGGCUUUGGGCUUGUUAGAGAGGAUGGAAAAGGAGGAUGUUGCGCCGGAUGCUAUCAUGUUUAACACGUUGAUUUCGGGGCUCAGGAAGCAAGGAAGAGCUGACGAGGGGAUUGAGAUGUUUAAGAAAGUAAUGCUGAAAGGUUGUGAUCCGAAUCCAGGGACAUAUCAGGAAGUAUUGUAUGCUUUGCUUGAUGCUAAGAGGUAUUUGGAGGCGAGAAAUUUUAUGGCUGUUAUGAUUGAUAAGAGGGUGAAUCCAAGUUUUGAGUCUUAUAAGCUGUUGAUACAUGGCCUUUGUAAUGGGAUGCUUCUUGGUGAUUUAGACUGGGCGUUGAGGCAGAUGGUGAGACACGGAUUUGUGCCGAGGAUGGGUAUGUGGAGGCAGAUUCUUGGUUGCUUGUUUCCCGAUGGAGAUUGUUGUACUACCUGUUCUUAUGAAGAAAUUCUUGCAGACUAAUCUACAAGCGUUGGAAACAUAAUGGAACGGGAUUAUUGUGCGAGCAAGGAAGGCGAGUAAAGAUGAAGAAAAUGCUCAAAAGAAUGCAAAAAUUGAAGAAUUUGGACUCAAGGAACGAAGAAGAGCAAAAGUGCGGCCUGCAGAAGAAAAUGCGGACACAAGAAAUAUUUUGCGGACUGAAUAUUAGGUAGUGCCUGUUGUAUGGUUACAUGGAGCUUUGCUUCACCUGGGGUGCAUGGCAAUGCAAUUUUUGUUCUUCUUUGGCAGAGGUUAAGGUGCAACGUGCAGAUAUCUGAAGAAACAUUUGCAGAAAAACAAAUCGACUUUAGCAGCUGAGGCUUGAGAGUGUAAGAACCAAAUAUUCCGAAUUCCAACUACAGCAACUGCAACUUGAAGAUUCAUAGAGUUGGAGAAAACCUGACAUGAAUUUUAGGAGAUCGCGAAAGUUUCCCCCCUCCCCCUUGAGUUGUAGGUGCACCCAAACUAACAUGACUCAAAAAGGCAUUUGAGUUUUGAGGACUUUUUGUAAGGUAUGAUUUCUUCCUUUGCUAAGUUAGUUAGAUAUUUAUAUUUCAAAUAUACUAGUAAGUAAUAUUUAUAUUUCAAAGAAAAUUAUACUCAUUGAUAGGGGUACACACACAAUGCGCCCUAUGACUAGUAUAUACAUUAUUAUUAUUUUUGGUAAAAACAGUGAAGUAUUACCAUAGACAAACCAAAUAUUUACACCUAGAGAGCACUUCAGAGAAUUUAACCACCUUCUUUUAUAUAUAUAUAUAUAUAUAUAUAUAUAUAAAACCUUCUUUCUUGGGACGGAAG